AUCGGAUCUGCUUGCAUUUGAUGAGUUUAACAGGUGACCAUCAACAUGCAUAUGUGCGCCGAGAGAAGAGUUGAAAUUUAGGUCGCGCACCCAGCUUUGCGGCGGACGUUGACCGCCUUCUAUGCAUGCUCGGUCGCUUCGAAUGUUAGCUUAUCCCAGGCUGCACCCCCUUUUUCUCUCUCUCUCGCACUUCCGCGUAUUGGCAGUUGCGUGUUGAUGGUGCCUUACCGCGAUGCGCAGACUUCGUGUUCGGGAUGUUGCACCGCUUGUGCUAACGCCCAUGACGUCAUUCGUCCUUAUUCAGGACACGCGUCUUGCGCAAGUCGUGGAGCAGCGGUUCAUGAAGUGGUGCCCAGCCGAGGGCUGCUGUUCCGCGAAACCAGUGCGCAGCCAGUUCUCUGCAAGCCCAAGCUGAUGCCACUGCAGAGCAUUAGCCUGGAGAAACUGGAGCGCCUGCAGGCUCAGCAGAAGACCCAGCAACAGCAGCCACCCAAGAGUCACUAGUGCCACAGACACAAGUCAACAAGUGGCCUGGCUUUUAUUAAAAAAUAUACGGCCUUCGAGGGGAGGCAGGCUGGCCCUGGA